AUGUCUACUCAAAUACCUGUCAAUUACACUGGCAAAUGCCAUCAUGAAAAGUCCAGGUUUGUCUGCAUCUCUGACACACAUGCCAAGACGGAUUUCGCUAUUCCUGAUGGUGAUGUUCUUAUUCAUGCUGGCGAUAUCACUCGAAAGAGCACUUUUCAAGAAUUUGCACAGACAAUUCAAUGGCUGUCAACACUGCCUCACAAGAUCAAAAUCAUCACUGGUGGCAAUCAUGACCACCUGCUGGACGACCAUUUCGGAUUUGUAGAGAGAAAACAAGACAUCCUGGCAUUGAUGGAGAAGCACAAGUUGACCUACCUGGAACACGAGAGGUUUCAGCUACCAGCAUCAAUGGGAUCACUGACAUUGUUUGUUUCGCCAUAUGCGCCCAUCCACUUGGGAGGUGCUUUCAUGCUGGAUGACAUGUCUACCGUCUGGGAUGAUAUCCCGCCCGUAGACAUUCUUGUCACGCAUACACCGCCUUAUGGCUACGGAGAUAGGAUUGUACGGGGCCGCCAUGUAGGAUGUCAAUAUCUGAGGGACAGGAUAGAUCAGGUUAUUCAGCCCAAGGUCUCUGUCUGUGGGCAUAUCCAUGAAGCGCACGGCUAUACUUUCAAUGAAGACGGACGACUCUACAUCAAUGCCUCCCUGUGUGAUCACCGCUACCGAGGAAAUCAGUUACCAAUUACGUUUGACUUGUGA